AUGAACAACGGAUUGUCUGUUGCGCCUGCUGUGCGUGCUAGGCAUUUUACCGUGUCCAAGUGGUGGAGGAGUCAGGAAGACAAGAGCGGACCAAAACCACCAUCUCGCCUCGCCAAAACCACAGCAGCGCUCAAAGCUGCCCUCCCACAGACCGGUGCCAUCACCAAGCGCGAGAACAUCCACACCAUCCCCAACUGGCUGACCUUCUCUCGCCUAGUCGCCGCCCCUUUCAUCGGCUACUGCAUCCUACACGAUCAUCAUGCCUGGGCCCUCGGUCUUUUCGCCUAUGCGGGCGUGACCGACCUUUUGGACGGCUGGAUUGCGCGGAAAUGGAACCAGGGUACUGUGGUCGGCACCAUCAUCGACCCCAUGGCCGACAAGACGCUCAUGACGGUGCUGACCGUGACGCUGGCAACCAAGGGACUCCUGCCCGUCUGGCUGGCCGUUAUUAUCUUGGGAAGGGACGUGGCUCUGGCUAUUUCUGCUUUGUACUUCCGCUGGAUCUCGCUGCCGCCGCCCAAGACGAUGGCACGGUAUUGGGACUUUUCGCUGCCCAGUGCGGAGGUCAGACCGACAGCGAUCAGCAAGUAUAACACCGCCUUGCAGUUGGGGUUGAUGGGGUUGACGACUGUGGCCCCGGUUGUGCCGGCGUUGGAUUUGGCGUGGAGUUUGAUGGUGAUGCAAUAUGGCGUUGCUGUCACGACGAUCUGGAGCGGUGCUAGCUAUGUGUAUAGCAAGGAUGCUGUCAAGAUUCUGACGCAACCUGCUACGCCCAAGGGUGCCGAGAAGGAAGGGAACACCAAGGUGGUCGAUGAGGUGGAGGCGAAGAAGGUGGAGGAUGAGAUGACCACCAAGCAGUAG